AUGGAAUGCAUUGUCCACGUCCAGGGGAAGGUCCUCCAACAGGCGGCCUUCUGGCUCAGGAUCGAGAAAGUCGCGGUCCUUCUGAAGUUCCUCGGCAGCGAUAGACCUGACAAGAUUGUUAAGGUCAUCCUCAAGGGCAGCGAUGGCCGGAUCACUCUUAGACCGGCUCUUCCUAAGCUCCCGAAGAUCGGCCUCCUUUGCCAGGAACUCCGCAUUUUCAUCGAGAGGAAGCUCUGGAAGAGGAAUACCAAGCGGCGCAGGGUCGAGGAACGCACGCUCGUCUUCCAGCACUUGAGCCGCAAGCUCCAAGGCUCUCUCGUUCAUCGCAUCUUCAAGAUGACUGAUUGCUGUUGCAUUCUUGAUAGGCUCCUGACACAACAAAAGCCUCUGUAUCUCCAUGUCUCGGAAGGGCCCAUCGCUGUCGAUCGGGACGUCAGCAAUGGGAACACUGUUAGGCCUCGGGUCCAGGAAUUUCGCACGCUCAGCUUCUUUCAGUUCAAUCGCGAGCUCACGGGCACGGUCGUUGAGGUCGUCCUCCAAAUCUCGAAUUGCCUUCGCAUUCCGUUCAGGGUUCUUUUUCAGCUGCGCACGCUUCGCCUCAAGCGCCUGGAAGGCGCCAUCUGUGUCAAGCGGGAGAAGAUGCAACGGUACACCUUCCGGCGCCGGAUCCAGGUACCCACGAUCAUCCGCCAGCUGCUUCUUCGCCAGCUCCUCUGCGCGCGCAUUCAGCGCUGCCUCAACGUCCGCAAUAACAGCGGCAUUGCGCCUCGGGUCGCGCUUCAACUGUUGGCGCUUUGCCUCAAGCUCGCGGAACUCCCCAUCGGCAUCAAGCGGGAGAUCUUCAAAGGGGACGCCGUUCGGUGCAGGGUGAAGGUAGUCGGGCCGCUCUCUCGCGUUUAA